GUUUUCGUUUGAGAGCAUAUUUUUGGUCUGACUUGCUUUCACAAUAACAGAAACGAACUCUUUAUCUGGAAGGAAUCUGUGGUUGAAAUGAAGCCCUUUAUUUGGGGAAUUUUGCUUAUGCAUGGUGUAUCUGGUUUUGAUGCAGACAUAAUGUUUGUGGAGGGAGAAUCAGUCACUCUUCGCACUAAUGUUAAAACAAACCAACGAGACAGAAUUAGAUGGUAUUUUAAUAACACUCGUAUCGCUCAAAUCACUGGAGAUCUCAGUAAGAUCUGUACAGAUGUUCAGUGUAAUGAAGGAACUGAGAGAUUCAGAGACAGACUGAAGCUGGAUCAUCAGACUGGAUCUCUGACCAUCAUGAACAUCAGAACCACAGACUCUGGACUUUAUCAUCAAGAGACCAUAAUCAGCGGCAACAUCAGUGAAAAGAUCUUCAGUGUCAUUGGUCGUCCUGGCUCAGAGGCAGUGCAGAUGAAGAGAAAUAUGAUGAUGAUGAAGGGAGCAUCAGACAUUUUUGACAAUGGUGAAGCCAAAACCAGUGGCUCUGACGGCGGAGAUGAAGUCGGUGUUCUAUCAGGUACAGGUGAUUCAAGAAUAAUUGCUGGUGUAAUCCUGUCAUUGCUGGCCAUACCUGCUAUUGGUUUGAUUUACUGGAAAAUCAGGAACUCUAAACGAAAUGAACCAAAGCGUAAAAACAGAGAAGGGUCAAGAGAGACAUGUGAUGAUGUGAAAUUCAGAGACGGACUGAUGUCGGAUGAGAAGAUUGGAUCAUCAGAAAUGAUUGAUUAUAGACCAUCAAUCGUCAAAUGUGAAGAAACAUAAUUCAAGAGAUUCUGUGUCUUUGCUCAUCUGCCUGGUCCUGUCAUCAGCAGUAACUCUUCACAAUGUUCUUCAUCAUCAUCACCAUCAUCAUAUUGUUCAUUGUUGUGUUCAGUGGUGAAUGUGGGUCAUGUGACUCUCUCCUGGUACAAAGGACACAGUUUAUUGUCCAGCAUCAGUGUGUCUGAUCUCAGCAUCAGUCUCUCUCUACCUCUGGAGGUGGAAUAUCAGGAUAACAACACCUACAGCUGUGUGCUCAACAAUCCCAUCAGCAACCAGACGAGACACCUGGACAUCAGUCAACUCUGUCACACAUUUGCUGAUUGUUACAUCGGCCUUCAUGCAUCAACUAACAGCUUGCUGUUGAGCCUUACACAGCCUGGUACAUAGAACAUCUCAGAUGUUAUGAACUCUACAAGAACCACCCAGAAAGGCAGAAUUGUCUUGUCCAGCCAGAGGAUCUAAAUCAUUAUUCUCCCAUUUCUGCAUACGUGGUGAGAGGCAAGUGCCUCCUCUCUCCAAAAGCCUUUCUUCUUAAUUGAAAAUUACAUCUGAUCUUCCUGUUUCUGUCCAGACUAAGAGGAUCCAGUACACUCGAUAGUAUUACAUCUGAUCUUCCUGUUUCUGUCCAGACUAAGAGGAUCCAGUUCACUCGAUAGGUAAGGUUUGUCUGUAUUAGGCAUGUGACGGUAUCACAUUUUCAUAUUGAGUUUAUCGCAAUGUACAGUAUUUUCACAGUAAAGAUUACAAAAUACAUAUUUUUGCUGUAAUAUAAUGUAAUCAGCAGUGCAUUAAUAUAAUUUACACCAUAUAUGCAUUGCCUAGUACACAUGUAAUAUUAGAUUCAUGCUUUGAUAUUUUAAUUAUUACUGACACACUCAAUUUUUGUUAGUAAGUUUCUUAGCAACAAUAAAGACAAACUCGCUUCUAUUAAACUGUGUUUUCAUUAAAGAUAAAUAAAACCUUACUUGCUACAACGCUAAUGUCUUGUUCGUUCUGUUAAUAAAAGUUUUUAAUAUAAUUACUUUGUCAUUUUACUAUUGCUGAUGUUGUGUAAGAUUUUUAUUUUUCAUUAAGAGUAAUACAGAAUCAGCCUUAAGUAUUAAUUUUGUUCCAAGAAUAGGAAAGAUCAAAAUAAGCGCCGCAGUUCUGAGAAUGCGAGAUUGGUUUGCUGCUGAGGUAAAUAGACGCUCUUGAUCUUUCUCUGCUGUAUCUGUAGAAACGGUCAUUAAUUCUUGAUUUGAGUACAGCACAGACAUGUUACAGGUAAUAUGAUCAAAAAGUUGCCAACAAACGACUUCAAUUUGAUUCAACUUUUGUUGUUUAAUGUUGCUGCUUGUUGUAGGUUUUUCUAUGAAUUUCAAGGAAUAUACAAAUUAAUAAAAAUGUCAAUGAAUUUGACCCCCCUCUGGUUAUAAAGCAGUUACAUUGUCAGCCUUACCCUAAGUCAAUCUAAUCAUUUUUUCUUUUAUUUAAGAAUUCCAUGUCGAUGAAAAGGCUCGUUGUUCUUCAGGGCCUUCCACAUUACCUCAGCGAGGAUCCGUCAGAUUUCUUUAAGUCAGCAGAGGAAACCGACAUUGAAGACCAUGUGACGCAGGAAUGGAUGUGGGUAUUCUCAUAAUUACUGAUGGAGAUGAUGACUACUACGUGGUGCUGGAGGAACAGAUUGCCCUGAGAGAUGCCAUAGACCUCCCUCAUGCUGUGGCUCUACUAGUCGGGCUGAUUUUUGCACUUAAUAUUGAUUAUCUCAAAAAACUACGCUACACAUUUGAGGUCAUUCAAAAGAUUUUCAUUGACCUUGGAGGUGAUCAGUGUUCUGUGAAGGUGCAUGGACUGAAAAAUAGACUCCUUCACAAAACUGUUUAGUGUCCUAAUUGGUAUAUGAUGUAUGCCUUUUUGUUCAUGAUUUAGCCUGGUGAAUUUCUGGAUGUUUUAAAACAAUGAAUGUUCAAUUAAUUUUUUCUUGACGAGGUACUUUAUGCAGUGCCAAUAUAUGUAACUCAAUAUAAAAAUAUCUUGAUUUUUAGACACUUGUUUUCUGUUUAUACAGUAUUGUUAAUGUAGUACAUUACUGUAUGUUUGUACAGUAUUGUUCAUGCAGUACAUUUCUGUUUUAUGCAGUACAGCACUGUAUGCUUUAUUCAGUAUCGUUCAUGCAGAAGAUUACUCUGUAUUUUAUGCUGUUUUGUUUAUGCAGUACAUCACUGUAUGUUUAAAGUAUCAGUUAAUUAACUGGUUUUAGUGGAAAAAUAAAAUCCAGAUGAUUUA